UUUCCCCUUCCUCACUCUUCACUCCACACUCUUCAAUGGCGAAAUUAGGGUUUCAUCUCCUCUGUAUCCUCUUCACCUUCGCAUUCUCCACCGUUCACCCCCGCACCAUCUCACCAGCCACCACCGUAUCCACAUCGGAGCUCGACGUCACCGACUCAAUCCAGAAAUCUCUCAAUGUGUUAUCAUUCUCACCUCAACCUCAACAAUCUCAAAUGCUGACGUCAUCUGAACUUUCUUCUUCAUCUUCUUCCUCUUCGAUUCUGUCUCUGCAACUGCAUUCUCGAGUCGCCGUUCACAAAUCCUCACACAAAAGUUAUAAGUCAGUUACGCUAGCUCGACUCGCUCGUGACUCAGCGCGAGUUGAGUCGCUUCAAACGAGGUUAGAUCUAGCUGUAAACGGCGUCAAGAAGUCAGAUCUGAAACCGGUUGACACUGAGCUUUCGGUUGAAAAUUUAGAAGUUCCGGUUGUUUCCGGUACGAGUCAAGGAAGCGGAGAGUAUUUCUGCCGAGUCGGAAUCGGUCAUCCAGCGAGUCAAGCUUAUAUGGUGCUAGACACCGGAAGUGACGUCAACUGGCUACAAUGCGCACCAUGCGCCGAUUGCUACCAGCAAGCCGAUCCUAUUUUCGAGCCGGCUUCAUCCUCUUCGUAUUCUCCUCUCACGUGCGACGCUCACCAGUGCAAAUCUCUAGACGUUUCGGAGUGCAGAAACGGCACGUGCCUGUACGAAGUGUCGUACGGCGACGGAUCCUACACCGUCGGAGAUUUCGUGACGGAGACGCUAACGCUUCAAGGAUCUACAACCGUUGAGAAUAUCGCCAUCGGAUGUGGACAUAACAACGAAGGAUUAUUCGUCGGAGCUGCCGGAUUAAUCGGAUUAGGCGGUGGACGGUUAUCAUUUCCGUCACAAAUAAACGCCACGUCAUACUCUUACUGCCUUGUGGACCGCGAUUCCGACUCGGCGUCAACUCUCGAGUUCAACUCACCGAUUCCUCACGACGCGAUAACCGCUCCGUUGUUACGUAACUCAAAGCUUGACACGUUUUACUAUAUCGGAUUAACAGGUAUAAGUGUUGCUGGUCAGCUGUUGAAUAUUCCGUCAUCGACGUUUAAGUUGACUAACGACGGUAACUCCGGUGUGAUUGUUGACUCCGGUACGGCGAUUACUCGGUUGCAGACGGAAGCGUAUAACGUGUUGCGAGAUGCGUUUACGAAGGGGACGAAGGAGUUACCGGCGGCAACCGGUGUGGCGUUGUUUGAUACUUGUUAUGAUUUGUCUAAAAGGAAGAGUGUGCAGGUGCCAACGGUGUCGUUUCAUUUUACUAACGGGAAGAAACUGGAUUUACCGGCUAAGAAUUAUUUGAUACCGGUUGACUCGUCUGGGACGUUUUGUUUUGCGUUUGCUCCGACGUCGUCUUCGCUUUCGAUUAUUGGGAAUGUGCAGCAGCAAGGGACACGUGUCAGUUAUGAUCUUGAAAACUCGGUCAUUGGAUUCUCUCCUAAUAAAUGCUGAAACGGGUGUGUCGAGGAUUUUGUUUUCUUUUUUCGACUUUUAUUGCUUCAAUUUAUGCCUUUUUUUAUUGAAAUUGUUAGAAGUUUGUAUUAUCGAGUGUAGGGUUUAAUGGUGUUUGUAACACGUUUGUAAGUAUAAUGGCAUGUGGCUAACUAUUGCAAUGCAUUUUAAUUAUCUUGUUAA